AAAAUUACUCUACUUGCUUCAAGCAACACACACACAGCAUCUACUGGAAUAUUUUACAAUAAUUUUAUUUUUUUGUAAAUUUAUUUUGUUAAAUUAUUAUCAAAAUAUUGCAAAAUUUUAUACUUCUAAAGUGAAAUCGAAUUGUUUAUUUUAAACUUAACGCUACAGUGACUGCAACAGCUAGCAAAUUUUCACGAUAUUUGUGAAAUAAAAAAACAGGCGGUGCAUAAAUGCACACAAUACAACCGGGUGGUCGGCAAAAAAAAAAAGAAGAACAAAAUCAUAACCCAAAGAAAGAACAAAUACAAGGGGAACAAAUAAAUACGGAAAAAAAUAAAAUAGAAACUAUAAAUGCACAUGCAAUAAAAUUUUUUUAAAGGAAUUUUACCACAUAUUUCACGUUACCCACAAAAAACAUUAUUAGUUCAAAUAUAUUUGUUUAAAAUAUUUGCCAAAAAAGUAAGAACGAAAAACGCCAGCAUAUUUUAAUUGUUGUUGGAUAAAAUUAUAUAAGGAAUUUUGUUGAGCCGCCGCCGGCCUUAAGAGUCAUUUACUCUCACACGCCACUAGACGACCGACCUCCCACAUUGUAAACGUGCUUUAUUGUGCCGAGUGUUUGGAAUUGAGCAAAAUAGCACCUAAAUAGGGGAUUUACAACAGCAAGCAGCGGCUGCCUUCUUCACAAUGGAUGUGUAUGAUGUUAGUGAUGAUUUGAUUAAGAAACUAAACGAUUGGAAACUAAUCGGUAUAAUAUCGGGUAAAUUUAAUGAAUUGAAAGAGAAUCACUCCAAGGUAAAUUUUGUUGAACAUGCCUUGAUCGAUUUCAAAUACAUCGAGAAAAUUCUAUUGAAUGUUAAACUGCGCGAGGAGAAGUGCAAUAAACGUAGCUCCGAAUAUCGUAUGUUGGGCAAUGAACAAUUUUCAUUGAAAAAUAAAAAAUAUUUUCAGGCUCUGGAAUUGUACAACAAAAGUAUUUGUUUUUCCGAACCCGGUUCCGAGAAUCUCUCCAUUGGUUAUGCCAACCGCUCGGCCGUACUGUUCGAAUGGAAACGCUAUCGCGAAUGUCUACACAAUAUAGAAUUGGCGCGCAAGGCCAACUAUCCCAGCCGAUUGAUGCACAAAUUGGAUAAACGUGAAAAGGAUUGUCAUAAACUAUUGGCCAGCCAACCGCCCGACAUUCAGCCUUAUGAAUUUCAAAUGGAAUUCGAAGCACACCCCCAAGUGCCUCAUAUAGGCGAGUGUCUGGAGUUGCGCGAAACGGCCGAGGAAGGACGAUUUGUGUGCGCUAAACGUGAUUUGGUUGUGGGCGAUUUGGUAGCCACCGAUGAGCCUUUCUGUUCAACUCUACUGCCACCAAUGCGUUUUAUACGCUGCGCCACCUGUAAAGAAGAGAAUUAUCUAACACUUAUACCCUGCGAAAGUUGUUGUUCGGUCAUGUUUUGCUCGGAGGAGUGUCGCGAGACGGCCGUCAACACUUUCCACAAAUAUGAAUGUCCCGUCAUCGAUUUACUGCACACCAUGUUCAAUAAGAUCCAUGGCAUUGCAUUGAGGGUGUGUCUCUCGGCCUUGGAACUGUUUCCCACCAUUGAGGAGCUUAUGGCGUUUUGCGAUGAGCCCGAUAAUCAAAAUCGUUCUGCAUUUGAUUUAGACUAUACCAACUUUACGCCACGAGAACACUAUAGGGCCAUACACGGGCUGGUGACUAAUCAACAUUUGCGCCAUGUUUCCGAUCUAUUUCAGCGUUCGGUUGUGUGUGCUGUGCUCAAGCAUUUCAUGAUCAACUAUACGCCUUUGAAAGACUUUUUGGGCGGUGAAGAGGGCCAGAACUUCUUCACUGAGCUGUUGUUCAGACACUUGCAGACCUCACCCUCCAAUAUGCAUGGCAUCGAUUUGGUGGAACAAAUCAAUGAGACUAAAGAUGAUACCACGCAUUCGUCAGGAGCAUUUGCUUUUCUAUCACUGCUUAAUCAUUCAUGUGCUCCCAAUACGGUGCGUAUCUAUAAAGGCUGCAAAGCCUAUUUGUUUGUGCUUCGUCCAAUACCUGCCGGUGGCAUGCUGCAUGAUAACUAUGGCCAACAUUAUGCAAUAUCUCCCAAGGCAAAACGCAUUGACAUCCUUUCCAUGCAAUACCGUUUCACCUGCAAAUGCGAAGCCUGUCAAGAAGACUAUCCCACUAUCGAUAAACUCAUGCCCAAACUAUUUGUACCGUAUGUGAAUGACGAGCACCACAUAAGUAGUCUGAUAGCGUAUGAUUUCGAUUUUGCUUUGAAAAACUAUCGCAAAUACUGUGAAUUCCUAACCAAAUACGGUGAGGCCUACCCCUGCGAUCAAAUCAGCUCCGCCGAAGAAAGUCUCAAAAUGGCCCUGCACAUUUUAGUCGAUGCGGUGCCUCUCAAAGCAAAAAUGAAUCAAAGUCCCCAAUUUCUCGAUAGAACUAAGGCGGAGGAGGCCAAGCAAGAGACCGAGAAUGAAGAUAAUCUAAAAACGGAAAUUAAACAGAACCAGGAAGUGAAAACUGAAGUUAAAACAAAUUAAAAAAAGAGAUAACAACAACUCACACAAAAAAAUGCUUUGGAUGCCAUAUUUAGCUGAAGAAAGAUGAAAAAAACACGACAAAAAUGGUUUGACUAUAUACAUAUAAAUGAUGCCGAUUGUUUAAUUAUUUUGAUAGAUAAAGGUUUUCGACGAACCUUAAAAAAAAUUAUUUUUAAAUUUAAAUGUUUAAAUUGUGAAUACAAACAACAAAACUAAGAAAUAGGAGCUGAACAACAAGAAGAAGCUGAAGUAAGAAACAAAAAUAUCAACGCGUUUUUUAAUUUGUAGAAAAAAACAAAACUAAAAUUAAAACAAAAUAUAUCACUCACACUUUUCACAAACAAAAA